AUGAAUUUAAGUGAGAGUACAUACGUACUUUGGCCGAUAUCUAAUUCAUCCUCUUCAUAAACAGUCCAUCAAGACACAACAAUUUAGAAUAGUAUUAAAAAUAUAGAUGACUAUUUAUUAGUAAAUAGGUGUGGGAUUUGUUCUUAAUUGUUUACACGCAAAAUAUCACUUGGAGGACAUAUAUCAAGGUAUCAUCCGAAACAUUGA